AUUGAGCCUAAACAGAAACACAUGAGAGGAAAUCCUGUUUGUUUGUUAAUCACCAGGUAAGAUGAGAUGAACGAGGAACAGCUGUGGGCCACAGUCAGGGGUUAAAGUUUUUAUUUAUCCAUAUUUAACCACUGCUGGUACUUCAGCAUCCAGCUCGCUCUACAGAAGAGGAGCGAGCGUGAAGGGAGUGACGUUUUUAAAGUGUCAGAUGAGACUUUCUUUUCAUCCUGGUGCCUCGCAGCUCGCCCUCCUCUCCUUCGCCCUCCUCUCCUCCAUCCCACACCCCGUCACAUCAUACCCUUAUCCUCCCACCGCCCUCCUGCCCACAGUGGGUGGAUCUGAGCUGGAGUCCACCCUGCUGCACCUCCAGGCUGCUCUGGAAGAGCCGGGGGACGUCCGGAGUGAAGCCUGGGCCGAGUGGCCUCGAGACAUCCAGCCAGGUAAGGAGAGUGAGGAGGAUGACCAGUCGUGGGAAGAAGCAGCUCUGCUGCAGGCCCAGAGAGGAGACCUGAUGGCCCAGCCGUUGUCGCCCUUCCCUGGGGGUCACUCUCUGGAGAGAAUGCACUACCAGGAGGGGGGAGAGGGGGAGGACGGGUGGAAGAGGAACGAUGCUCUGACCUCCAUUGCGGGAGGACUCCAAGCUGUCAGCCGUGAGAAGGGAGGGUUUGGUUUCCGCUUUGGGAGGAAAAGAUGGACAGACGGGGAGUGGAUGGAAGGAGGAGAGGGAGAACAGAGGAGGACAAGCGGAAGUGACGAGGACGGAGUCAACAGGGACAAGAGACGAGAGCGAUGAAAGAAAGAAAGGCUGACACGCUUCAGAGGGGACUGCCAGAUUACAGCACACAUCAUGAACUCUGUAAAUGUGACACCUUUUAAUUUCAUUUUCAGAACAACAUGGCACAAAAGUAAACACAUAAACGUGGUAACCUGAGAAACGAGAUUUUAUCCUAUGCUCUUGUUCUCCUUCUGAAACAAUAUGAAGGCUCAUGUUACAGGAUGUACAGAACAAGCGCGCAGCUCGUCGUGUCUAAUCUGAAAGUGUAAUAUAAGCAUGUGCACGGAGCUUCUGUCAGUGUGUGUGUUUGUUGGCUUGAACAUGACUCAUGAAUAAAGAGCUGGGAGGUGCAGCUCUCGGCACAGCUGCAAAGGCUGGACGUUGUCUUGUUUUCACUCUAUACUCUUCAGAAGCACCUUUACCUCAGGAACAACUGCACCAGCUCCUCCUGGGAGCAAAAAGGAAACAGCACCACAGAGUCCUCCUGCUCCAGCCACUCCCUCCAGGUGACAUCACCUGCGCUUCAUCUCCCGACGUCACAUUUUCAGCUCCCUCCUCUGCUCUGACAGAACUGCAUGUUUGUCCCUUAUUGACUCGUUUUUAUCUUUAUGUGAUGACGUAUGAAUCCUGCCUCCAGGUACAAACUACCCUCUGUUUAUUAAGGCUGUUGUGUUUUUAACUUGUUUUAAUGUUUUGUAUCUUGUUCUAUUUAAUCUGAACAAGCCCCUAAAAACAGUCAGUGAUCCCUGUCGGCCUCUCACGGUUUUUAUCAUCACUGUUCACUUUAAAGCUCAGUUUUUAAAACCUUACGAUGUAGCUGCAGCCCAGCAGCAGUAUAUAAUGACU